AUGGCGGGCGAUAAGGCCGGCUCGAGCACGGCUCGCACCCCCGCGAAGCCGGCACCCCAGCCAACUGGCUCUGCCUCUGCAUCGGCAAAGCAGCGCUCCAUCAUGAGCUUCUUCCAAAAGUCAUCGCCUGUCGCCAGAUCCUCGCCUGCCGCCAGUGAAAAGGUUCAUCCCCAGCAUUGUCUGCAAGAGACCACCAAGGCCAACUCUCUUCCCAAGCCGAAGCCGUCGACCAAGCCCCCGGCGAAGCCAUCGACGAAGCUUUGCACGCCUGUCCCUAGCAGCGACGCCAUUGAGCCGAGUUCGCAGGAGGAGAACACUGAUCCUGUUUCUGUGGCCGAGACUGCUGCGAUGGCUCCACGCGCGAGGCCUUCAAACGAUGCGAAUCCGAGAACAGCGGCGACCAGCACGCCGACUCGAAAGGUGAGCAUUUCCCAUCCUCAAGACCUCGACUUGUCCGUUAACACAGGAACCAUCCUGACACAGACCAAGAAGGUGGUCAGCUAUGCCGAAUCGUCCGACGAUGAAAAGCCCUUCAACUACUCAAGCAGGUCUCAAAAUAGACGUGGCCGAACUCGUCGGACCAUAAAAGACGAGGAUGAUUAUGACGAGGACGAGGCAGCGUCCGAAGCGGAAGAUGAGGACAUGGGAGAUUUCAUCGCUCCUGAUGACUCUGAAGAUCUUCCACGGUCCAAGAAGCGGAAGCGCCCUGCAAAGGCUGCAACAGCGCGAAAACGAUCCAACGUUUCACCACCCGCAGACACCAGAGACCAAUCUUUGAUCCACGACGAACAGGACGAGCCAAUGACUGACGUUCCUACAACAUCGACCACUUCGCAAUGGAAUUAUGAUCCCGAGUCUGCCGAAAAGCGGCCCGUCACAACACCUGCUGAGCGUGCUGCUGCCAAAGACCCCAAACGUAAAGAGAAGGCGCACACAAAAGAGCCCGAGGAUCGCUACCCGUGGUUGGCAAAUAUCAGGGACAAGGAAAGGCGUGCUCCCACAGACCCAGAGUAUGAUCCCAGAUCCAUCUUCAUUCCGCCAAUGGCCUGGAACAAGUUUUCGCCGUUUGAGAAGCAGUACUGGGAGAUCAAACAGAAUCUGUGGGAUACAAUUGUAUUCUUCAAAAAGGGCAAGUUCUACGAGCUAUAUGAGAACGAUGCUACCAUAGGGCACCAAGAAUUCGACUUCAAGAUGACCGACAGGGUCAAUAUGCGAAUGGUUGGAGUUCCGGAAAGCUCAUUGGAUCAUUGGGUCAACCAAUUUAUCGCAAAGCAAUACAAGGUUGCAAGAGUCGAUCAAAUGGAGACGAACCUUGGGAAGGAAAUGCGCGAGCGCCAGGAUAAGAGCGGAAAGAAGGCCGACAAGGUCAUUUCCCGUGAACUGUCUUGCAUCCUCACUGCCGGCACCCUUGUCGAUGGCAGCAUGCUUCAAGACGAUAUGGCUGCCUACUGUGUGGCAAUCAAGGAGUCAAUCAUUGAUGAUUUGCCUGCAUUCGGCAUUGCUUUUGCGGACACCGCCACCGGACGUUUCCAGCUGUCUCGGUUCGUUGAUGACGUCGAUCUCACAAGGUUUGAGACCUUUAUCGCGCAAAUCUCCCCCCGUGAACUGUUGAUUGAAAAGUCUCAACUUUCUACUAAGGCGUUGCGGAUUCUCAAAAACAAUACCGGCCCAACCACAAUCUGGACACACUUGAAGCCUGGGACCGAGUUUUGGGAUGCAGAUACUUCCAGACGAGAACUCAAGUGUGGAAACUAUUUCCGCACACCAGACGGUGAAGAGGAUGCCUGGCCAGAAGUCCUGCAGCAGUACAAGGACGAAGACUUGGUCAUGUCUGCUGUAGGAGCGUUGGUGGCGUACCUCAGGUUCCUGCAGUUGGAGCGACCACUCCUUUCUCAGGGCCACUUUGAGAAAUACAGCCCAAUCCAAAAGAAUGGAACCUUGGUUCUGGACGGACAGACUCUGUUGAACCUCGAAAUAUUCUCAAAUACGUCCAACUGUGGCUCCGAGGGAACUUUGUUCAGCUUACUUAACAAGUGCAUAACCCCCUUUGGAAAACGAUUGUUCCGUCAAUGGGUAGCUCAUCCUUUGUGCGACAUUCGGCGGAUCAAUGAGCGGCUGGAUGCGGUGGACAUGCUGAACGCCGACCCCACGGUUCGCGAACAGUUUGCAUCCCAGCUCGUCAAGAUGCCCGACUUGGAGCGGCUCAUCUCUCGUGUGCACGCCGGGGCCUGCAAGCCGGAAGACUUUGUACGAGUACUAGAAGGGUUCGAGCAAAUAGGAUACACUAUGAGCUUUCUCGAAGCGUUCAAGGGAGGAAAUGGCCUCGUUGACCGACUCACUUCGUCAAUGCCUGACCUGGAAGAGCCUUUGACGUACUGGAAGACUGCGUUUGAUCGUCGAAAGGCCAGAGAAGAAAAGAUAUUAAUCCCCGCCCGUGGUAUUGAGCGAGACUUUGACGACAGUCUGGAUCGAAUGGAACAGAUUAAGGACCAGCUGAAUGAUUUGCUGGGUGAAAAGAAAGGGGAGCUGAAGUGCCGGGCGCUCAAGUUCACCGAUGUCGGCAAGGAGAUCUAUCAGAUGGAAACUCCCAAGAGCGUAAAAGUCCCCUCCAACUGGCGACAAAUGUCGGCAACAAAGGAUGUCAAACGGUGGUACUUUCCGCAGCUCACCCAGCUUGUCAGGGAACUUCAAGAAGCCGAAGAGCUUCAUUCCCAACUCGUCCGAGAAACCGCGUCGCGACUGUUCAAGAAGUUUGAUGUCGACUACAACACCUGGCUGCUCGCGAUCAAGAUUGUUGCACAGUUGGAUUGUCUUGUCAGUUUGGCCAAGGCCUCGAGUUCUCUGGGACAGCCAUCUUGCAGACCCCAAUUCUUCGAUGAGGAGCGCAGCUUUGUUGAGUUUGAAGAGUUGCGUCAUCCAUGCAUGAUUAACACUGUAGAUGAUUUCAUCCCCAACGAUAUCAAGCUUGGCGGCGAUGAGGCCAAAAUCAACCUGCUGACGGGGGCCAAUGCAGCCGGAAAGUCGACUGUACUGCGAAUGUCCUGUGUGGCUGUGAUCAUGGCACAGAUUGGAUGCCACGUUCCGGCGGUGUCUGCUCGCCUUACGCCCGUCGACCGCAUCAUGUCCCGUUUGGGAGCCAACGACAACAUUUUCGCCGCCCAGUCUACGUUUUUCGUGGAGCUCUCGGAAACCAAGAAGAUCCUGUCCGAAGCCACGCCGCGCUCCCUCGUCAUCCUUGAUGAACUUGGUAGAGGAACAAGCUCGUACGAUGGUGUCGCCGUUGCCCAGGCGGUGCUACAUCACGUCGCAACUCACAUUGGGUGUGUUGGCUUCUUCGCCACCCACUAUCACUCCCUGGCUACCGAGUUUGAGAAUCAUCCGGAAAUUCGACCAAAGCGAAUGCAGAUUCAUGUAGACGACAGAGAACGAAAGGUUACAUUCUUGUAUAAACUCGAGGACGGUGUGGCUGAAGGAAGUUUUGGCAUGCACUGCGCGGCUAUGUGUGGCAUUUCCGAUCGGGUCAUCGAAAGAGCAGAGAUUGCCGCCCGAGAUUGGGAGCACACUAGCCGCUUGAAGGAGAGCCUGGAGAAAGCAAAGACGGGAUGCUACAUUCCGCUGGGCAUUCUGAGCGACAUUGGCAGUCUCUUGGGAGGAAAGGGGGAUAUCGGCGACAAGGGCGUGGAUGUGCUUCUGCAAGCUAUCGAAUGCCUGUGA